CUGGCUGUUACAAAUCCGUUCCACCCAAAAGCCAGGGUUUAUUUUCGUCAAAACGUAGGGCAGAGCUAGCCAUGUUACCCAAACAAAGACCCUGCCGGGUCCUAGCGCUGGAUGGGUAACAUGUUGCUCUCCCUCCACUGGCUCCAUCUGCAUAGGAGUUGGCAUGAAAAAAUGACCGGCCCAAUUAAUAUGGCCCAUUGUCCUUUGGAUUCUGCUGUUGGGGCUCAUGCAACGAGGGCUUGUCGACUGUUGCCACUUUUGAUCCGACCAAACCGGGCAGCGGGGACAUCAGGGCAGAACGAAGCUAGUAGUAUGGCUGUGCCUGCCUGCCUGCCCGCCCGCAACUUCUUUCCGUCAAAAGCUAGGCUAGCUUGCUAGUAAGCGAGACAUCCAAAUGGUUGACUUGCUUCGCGUUAGCAUGCCAGCUCGAGGAUGGAUGAUCCUGAGCGUACACACCGACCACCCGGGUGAUAGAGGAGGAGUCUGAUGCUGCUGCCGCCGCCGCCGCCAUGCAAAUGCUGGCCCAGCCAGCCUUUGCUACUGUAUAUCCAAACGCCACUUUCCCUCUGAUUCCGGGGCUGAUGUGGAUAACUGCAGUAAAAAUGGCAAAAAGGCUGCAGAGGCAAUGUCACUCAGCAAGGAGGACAUGUCGAUCUUCGGCCUGUACCCCGGCUACGACGACUUCUACCUUGUGGUGUGUAGCCACUGUGCUCAAGUAGUGAAACCACAAGCGUUUGAGAAGCACUGCGAGAGGCGACACGGUCCUCUGGCCAAACUUUACGCCCGAAUACGUUCUCCGACCCCUCAGUCCCAGCAGAGGCCCCAUCACGGCCAUCCUUCUUCUCAGGGGACCAAUUCCAUUCCCGCUUCAGCGUGGGAUGGUCGAGGAGGCCAAGGCGGUGGCGGCGGAUCAGUAAGAGCAGCUCUACAAGCCCCUCCCACGCCACCUCAGCACAGACCUGCCAAAAACACAAAGGAUGGAGCCAGACAUUCCCCACUGGAAAAAUCCUCCCACAACUGCAGCAGCAGCAGCAGCAGCAGUAGUAGUAGCUGCAGCAGCAGCAGCAGCAACUGCAGCAGCAACUGCAGCAGCAACUGCAGCAGCAACUGCAGCAGCAACUGCAGCAGCAACUGCAGCAGCAACUGCAGCAGCAACUGCAGCAGCCACACAGAUUCAUCAGUGUUCAAGCAGCCGCCGCCUCUGGACUCUCCGAUUAGCUCGCCAACUUCAUCCAUCAGAGACCCCCCGUGGCCGCACGGAGGCACCCCGGUGCCUGGUAGGCCUUCACCCUCUCAAAGAAAGGAUUCUUCUCCAGCAAGCCACCACCGUAUUCCCAGGCCAUACAACAAAGUGGCCUCCAGUAAGUGCUGGCCAUCGUGUAAGGAAGAAAGAGAGUGUGACUUGGACAAACACUGCGGUGUCCUUGAUCCUGACAGAAAAAAAGUCUGCACUCGCCUUCUGACAUGCAAUAUCCAUUCCAUCCAUCAGCGUAGGAAGGUGCCGGGUCGCAGUAAGAAUUUUGACCAGUUAGUGGCUGAACUCAAGACAAAGGUUCGCGACAAGGGCGCACAAUCAGCGGAGGGAGGUUCCUCCUGCGGACGCUCCCCUAGCCCCGAGGCACCCGGAGAACAAGAUGGGGUGGCUCCACCCUGUCGGAGACCUUUGGCCAGCCUCCCCGCUUUCAGUCGCUCCACAGCUGUUUGGGAGAGCAGCCCUGAGGAUGACGGCCAAGCGCAUGAUGAGGGGAGCCCUCUUGUCCACGGAACAAUUUCCAGCGACGAAAGUGAGGCGGAAGGAACAGAGGACCGUGAUGAUUUGCCCUCUUCUGCUACGCACCCAAGACCAAUAGCAAUGUGCUCGUUUGGCAGCAUUGUUUUGGGCCACGGCAUCUACACAUUUGACAGACGGCUUCACCACUUGAGGUCAGCUUUUAGUAGCAUGCUCGAGCAGCACAUCAGCGCCCAUCUUUGGAAGAAAAUACCUCAAGCCAGCAGCCAUCCGUGUCCCGCCCCCUCGUCCAAGAUUGGCCCCUCGUCGUCUCCCACUCCCUCGCUCUUGCAUUGUAAAGUCCGAUCAGCCGCUCAUACCAAGUCCCCCCUCAAAAGCUCCUCGUCGUUCAGUCGUCUGCUGGGAAGACGCGCGACGUCCGAGAACUCUGCGAGUUGCGGGGGUGGCGCGGGAGGCGCUCACCCGGCGUCUCCGGGUCAUCCCGUGGUGGCUGCGCAUCACGCCGGUCCGGGGCAGCCCAAGAAUCCGGUCGGGCGUCCUAGCAAGCAGAUGACCAAGCUGCGAGAGGACGCCGUGGCCGCCGCCACCAUCCGCAAAAGAAAAGCCCCAUCCCAGGAAGGGGAGCAUUCGGGCCCCAACAGGAACUGCGUUAGCCUCCAGGAUCGAGGGCGCCCGCCCUCCCUGGCCUCUUCUCCCGUUGCCGCCGCCCCCCCCCCGUCCUCUUCCUCCAAAGCCCCUAUUCUCUCACCUCUUCUCCACGGACAGACCAACGGUACGCUGCCGUCGCCCGGGAGCAAAGGCCGCCUCCAGCCCUCCCCGGCAGAGUCGCACUCGGCAGCCGCCAAGACAGUCUGGACCUACAGACGGACUCAUUCGGAGACUUCCUCCACGAAAACAUCCUACUGUCGGAAUACAGUGGGGGACUCGGGACCGCUCGGUCAAGGGGGCGGGCGGGCGUCGGAGCACCAGGGUUUGAUGAAAAAACGCAAGGGGAUGGACCUGGAGGAUCAGUCGCCCUCAGCGCUGCGCCUGGGCGUGCCGCCUUCCUCCUCGUCCUCCUCCUCCUCCUUGUCCACUCCCGCCUCCUCUUCUCCUCGCUCCAACUUCUACCCGUGGAAGGAAAGUAAGACUCCGGUCUCCGGCCUGGCUGGUGGCCUGGAGAAGAAGCUGGCCACACAGAAGCCAAAAGUGCACCAUUAAUUGUGCCUGCCUUGACGAGCCACAAGAGGGAGCCAGCUCGACUUGAUCCCAGACGGGCAGCUGGAUUGUGCCUGAGCACGUGCACGCUGUGUUCAUGGUGCUGUUUGAAAGGAACGUUUGGAAUGGAUGGCUAUGGACUUGAAAUACCUCAAAAUCAUCCAGUUAUGCUGCUAAAUGAAAUAUGUUGGUUUCU